AUGUACCUUCUCGCCACCAACGGAUCUGCUGGCGCGUCGGAGGGACGCGUGGACGCGGACUCGUGUAGCCUCUACAUUUGGCUGCCGAGCAAGGAGGGCAUACUGUGGAAGUACGGCGAGCGUACCAGUCGGUUCGGCAAGCGCUGGCAGAAGCGAUACUUUGUCCUCAUGAAGGACAAGCUCUUCUACUACAAAUCCGCCAUCGAGACGUCGACGGGCGAGGUGCACCACCUGAUCGCCGAGAAUAAGCAGCAGCAGGCCGAAUGGACCGAGCAACUGAUGGCGUGGCUCGAGCUGAAGCUGUUCUUCGGACCGGACAAGCGUUCGUCGACGCACGAACGUAAAGCGGAGGAACCAAGCUGCAAGCUGCCUGCGAAGAUGGACGACGACGAAGCGGAGAGUGAGACGGAGGAAGAUAGGCGAAUGCCGCCCGACGAGGCGCUGGAGCCGCCGCCGCACGAGGGCGUUGGGCAGCCACCGAGCAUGGUGCAGAUCAACCUCCUGCUGCAAGACGGCAGCGUCCAGCCGCUCAUCGUCGACCCCGACGUCGAGAUCUACGACCUCGUCUACGCCGUCGCUCACGAGAUUGGGUCGAGGAAUGCAUUCCAGAUCACGUCCCUCGACCAGGACCCCUCGCGUCGAGUGGAGCUGCUGGACCACCAGCGGAGUCUGCGCCAGCACCAGCUGCCCAAGAGCGCCAUGUUCGUGCUCAAGAAGACGGGCAUCAUCGACGACCACAUCGGCGAGGACGACAUCUUCGAUAACCACUUCCUCUACGCCAUGUUGCCCGAGGCCGAGGGCUAUCUGCUGAAACACGUGACGGGGCCGCCACCGCUUUCGAAAAAGCGGGACACGGCGGGGCUCUUCUCCGCCAGGCGCCGGUGGCGAAAGCAGUUCUUCGCCAUCAAGGCCAACAACCUCUUCUUCUUCCCCAGCCACCACGACCUCUCCCCGCUCGGCUUCAUCCCGCUCGGCUCCAUCGCCGCCGUCGGUCGCAUUCCUGCCCCCACCACUUCUUCUUCCUCUUCGGCUCCAUCGUCGUCGGAGCGAGCCGAAGAAGAGCGGGCGUUGCACGAGUGCGCGAUCCGCAUUCGCGUUGCGGGGCCGACGGACGACGCGACGGCAGCGGUGGUGGUGCACCUCCUCGCCGACACGCCGGCCGACGCAGAUCGCUGGAUUCGCCUGCUGCGCAGCUGGCGACAAUUCUUCGCCCUCGAAUCGUUCGCCGACGACCGACCCACCGGACUCGACGUCGACGUCGACAACGACAACGGCGAAGGCGGUGGCAAUGGUAUUGUGGGUGUCGACCCGCUGUCCUUCGUGCAGGCUGGCCCACGACUUCUUGCGGCCCGAGCAGCGCGGGCAGCAGCCGGUCUCGAGGCCAGCGCGCCAAAGAGCGAAGACGCCGACAAAUUCGACGAAGGAGAAAAAGAAAGCGAAAAGAAGGAGAUGAAGAGGACGAAGACAAAAAGAGAAGAGGAGGAGGCGGAAGCGACGGAGCAUCAGCCAGGAGGAGCGCAGAGACCGCCGCCGCCGCGGCUCAAGCCCCUCUCGUGGCGGUCGUCAGCCGCGACAUCGGUGGUGGAGGGCGGCGCUGCGGUGACGUCUCCGCGGGGCUCUCCGCGUGUCGGGGGCGGCGCCGAGGGCGGAGGAGGGCUCGGGUCGUCGCAGUCGGAGACGCGCGCCGGGCGGGAAUCGCCGCGCAGCGGGGCGUCGGGCUGGCUGUCGCCCCGACGGCUGGCCGAGGCCCUCUCCUUCCGCUCGCUCAGUCCCGGCGGCAGCGGCAGCAACCUCAGACGCGCUGAGUCCGCCCGCACCGAGCGCGACUGA